GCCCGCCAAAUACGCGAACGACGCGCAAUAAACGCUCGCCUGUCUCGGUCGCGUUCCCCGAUAUCGCGAUAUUACGCUUGGAAGUUCACGGAAGCUCCACGGAGUGAACCGGUUUGGACCGUGAAUCAGAUAGGCAUUGCGUUUCGACUUUUCGGGCCUCCUCGCGUCCACCGCCACUACUACUAUUACUACUACUGCAAGUACUACUACUACUGUUGCGGGGGUUCGCCGUUUCGACGGCCCUGCGGGGAAGCGUCGCGCGACGCCUUGCAUGCCUCGCGCAGUGCGAGGGUGCCGUUCGCCAGGAGUGCCCGCGUCGAGUUUCCGCGCUCGUUAUCCGUCUCCCUUCCUCACCCUCGCGCGCGCGCGCGACCUUCGAGGGGUGACGGCAGAAAAUGCGCUAGCUCGCUCGCCGGGGUACCGGUGGGGGAGUGCGUGCCUCUCCGAGAAACGUGUGCGCUCGAGGCCGAGGUCAAGAGGUGCCGGCAUCACGCCGUCGAAGGAGAGACGUCGCGUGGCGUCGCAUGCCUGAAUCAAACACGUCUCGGACGAGCGGAGAUAAUAACCUUCGUGGAGGAAGGACCUUGACGUAUCGCCGUCGUCGACGCCGCCGCCGCGGCACACGUCGCGUUACACCGUGAAUAUUUCAAUACAGUAUCGAUCUACCGCGUGUGGAAACACGUGUGUGCCUUUCAGUUCAGGAAUGCGAAUUCAAGCAGGAGAAAAAAAUAAACAAACGAGUGUAGAAGUCAUUAAACGUUCAAGACAAUCGUCAAGUAUCAAUUAAACGUGAAAUAAUUCACAGUAACACCGCAAUUAGUGAAAUCUUGGACAGCUAAACAGUUCAAUAUGAUUAUUCUCGCGAACAAGAAAAAUAAUGUCUCGUCCGAUCGAUCCGAUGAUGACGCGGCUUCCCCGGUUGGAAUGUAUUGGACUGAAAGGGGACGUUGAAGACGAACGCGUGAAGAGGCGCGAGGCCGCGACGACCUUGCGCGCUGAAAUAAUCGUUAGCGUCGUUCGAUAACCUCGGCCCGAAACACAAAUUGUAACACGACUCCGCUAAAUCCGUCGCAUCUUUUUAGCAACACACUAACGGUCCCGCGCGCGAAAUCCAACGGAAUCCAACGGCGUUGAAGGCCUUCGAAGGUGCAGCCGCGACGCGCUUCGAGUAACGACGACCUCGGCCCACGCUCGGUGGUUGUGCUGGAUUUCGUGUUUCUCGAUUUCCAAAUCGUAGAUCCAGAGAGAAGAUUGAUCGUAGAUGGAGAGAGAAGAAGAGAUCGUUUUUCUCUCUCUUUCCCUCGCAAUUCUUGAUCGCGUAGUUCGACUUUGAUGCAACAGAGAAGCCUGCUUGAAAAAUAAAAAUAAAGAGGAUCUAUUUAUUCAUCUGGAUAGUUGUUUAGAUAAUUUUAUCUAUAUACCGACAAACACUGUGUAUUAAUAACGUUUGCGUAAGCGCGAGUUAAAAUCAACGAUUUAUGCGAGCUUCCCUCGCGAGCGAGGCGACGUCGGUCUAAUUCGUAUAUCGGAUAUAUAAAUCCGCGACGCUUUGUCCUCUCUUCACUUCAGCGCACGCUCCCACGUAUUCGUCUCACAGCCGGGACUCGCAACGCCGUCGGCACGAGCGGCUUUAAAACAGCGAAACUCGAGUUUCCCCAAAUGUCGUACGAGAGGUCGUCACGACGGUCUCUCCCCUGCACGUCGCACGACCUCGUGGUCGACGUUCGAGGUAACGCGUCGUCGAGAUCGUUAGUCUCGUAGCACAGAGCCCGCCAUGAGUUAAAGGGGGUCUUCGGCGCGUUCUCGGCGGAAAUCUGUGCGAAAAGAAAAGAAUAAGAAAAAAAAAAGAACAGAAAAAGCCACCCCGAGUCGGAGAAAGCGCAGAAUCCACGUGAGAGACUACCGUGUUAUCGGCCUUUAAGAAAGAUGUAGAGAAACGCUGUAACGUUAAUCCCUGUACGUCCCCCUUGUGAUCGUCGCGCACCAUCACCGCCACUGCCACUCUUCCAUCCUCGAGCACCCGCCGUCGACCGUCGAGAAAAAACACAUCGGCUCGCAUAAAAGCAAAAAGAAACACAAACGAAAAAGAAAGAGAGAAAGGUAGUAGAGAGAAAAAAAGCAAGCAGCUGAAAGAAAAGAAACGCAAAAAGAGAAAAUACACCCAAAAACACGACACCACACAUUGCGAGAGAACGAGAGAGCCGACAGGCCCGAGGCGCACCACGAGCGCGCACCCGAGUCAGUCAUGAAUCUUAUGUUCCGCAAGAACUUCGGGGCCGAGAAGGGAACCAGCGGUGGCGGCGGGGGAGGAAGCGGAGGAGGACUGGGAGAAGUCAGGCCCGUCCUGGGCAGCGCUUACGGUACCGUCGGGGCCUCCUCGUUCGGCCAGUUAGGGAUUUCGCGUUUCGGCGCGGCGCGCAGCGGCGGCCAGUCGGUGAUCGGCGCGCGCGGCCCCGUACGGCGCAGCCGGGAGUACGGAUACUUACCAUCGAUCAUGGGCGAUCACGAGCACCAGCAGGGACACGGAUAUCGCACUCACCUGUUCCUAUCGCCGCCCGCAGGUGGGACGCUCGGCUCGCCGCCUGAGGACCCGGGCGAGCGGCUCGGCCCGCCGCCGCGUCGCAACUCCGGCCCGCAUGUGAUCAAAUGGGGCGGCGGCGGCGGCGGCGGGCCGGCCGCGCAGGGCUCGCAGACCGCUGGCCAGGCCAGAAGGAAGCAGAACCAGAUCGGCCAGCCGAAGGAACCGUCCGAUCCACCGACCCCGACCGCCUCCAGACAGCAUGCCCCAGUCGCCGACAAGAAGAGACCUGGCAGUCCCCUGUCAGUUCUGGAGGUGGAGGAUCCGAAGCAAUGUGUUCUCGCGCAUUUCAUGACGCCAUUGGAACCUCUGGACCCUUUAGUUGAGUCUCCGGUGUCCCGGCCGCUGGUGUUGCAACGCGACACAGCGGCGGAACUGGUCGCCGAGAUAGCGCCUUCCGCAUCACAGAGCAUUUUACUCACGAACAUGGAGAAGAACGCGGAUUUCCCGUUCAUCACUUAUUAUCUGAUAAACAAGCAGAACACGGACCCCGUGGACUUUUACAACGAAGUGCAAUGCGCGGCCCUACGUAAGUUCGAUCCCCGAGACCUCAGGUACGCGGCGAGCCACACGUUGGAUCUGUUCAACGAGGUGGCGACUAUCGCGAGACCGCCGCUCGAGCCGCCCGGUGGAAGACCGCCUAUUCCGUCCACCGGCUACAUAGUGUCGAUCUUCAAAGUUUUCGAGGGCGACGACGGUCUCAAGUUCGAACAAAACUGGCUCUACUGGACAGGCGCGCGUAUGAUGUACCGAUACCUGCCGAAAUCGGUAGGGUUGAGGCGCAUCACGUUGCACAAAUCGAUGUCGCAAGGCGACAAGAUGUAUCUGUUGAUCUGCGAGUGCUCGCAGCUGCAAGACAAUCUGUCCGCGGCGGCGAUACUACUGCCGGCGCUCCGUGCGCGCCUGUGCGGAUACACCGGGCUCUACAGGCCCUCCGUGUGUUUCUGAUUCCUCACCCGGCUCUUGGAAUCUGCGAGGCGCAUCGUCACGAGUCGCAUCACGUGCAUCUCCGCGAAAAAAUCCGAGU